AUGACACGUGGCAGAAACAAAACCUACUGCUGCUGGUCUUUCUUGUUUCUCUCUUUGAAUCCGAGAUCAACCUCUAAUGCCUUAAGGGUUUUGAAAGGCUGUAAAGCUCCAAACAGUCUUCUCUCUCCACAUCUCUUUCUGUUGAAGCCACUAUCCAACACUCAAUAUUUCAUCUACAAGCUGCUGAAGGAUUUGAAUAAUACCCCCAAACUUAAGACUUUCUGGACUCUGUUUGGGUGUUUUACGAUGUGGAAGAGUGAUUUCGAUUGA